CCAGAACAUUAGUACUUCGGGUGAUCGCGGAGUGAUCUUUCGAAUGCCGCCGGAGCCUUGCCGCCCCAAAAGGACACGCUUGUUGGGACUACGGCGCGAUGAUUUGGAAUUGGCUACCAUAGCACUGGGACCGCACCGAACCCCAACGCGUUUCCAUGCGAUCGCAAUCGAGCGAAAGCUAUCGUGCGUCCUAGACUUAUACCCGUCACAGUAGACCAAACUUUAACAAAUGAACCCGGUGGUCUAGAUCUCCAUUUAUUGUCGCUGGAGCAGUCCUUG